GCUUCCUCCCACUUCUAAUUGAUAGCUGAAUUUUGAAGGUUCAAGUGAAUAAACAGUCGCAAUUUGUAAUCACAUGGAUGCGGCCAUUGCUUUAAUGCUCAUAGAAGCUUUGUUGAUCUUAUUGGGUAUAUUAAUUUUUAAAGCAAUCAGAUUAAUCUCUCCCGCACUUCAUGAUAUUCCUUCUGUUUCUGUAGAUGACAGUUGUAAAGAUGUUGUCUCAAUUUCAACGGUUUCAUCUCCUCCUUCUCAUACCAUUAUUGCUCCACCAGCUACCAAGUAUGAUGUAUUUCUUAGUUUUAGAGGGGAAAACACUCGUGAUAAUUUUGCUAGUCAUCUUUACAAAGAACUUUGCAAUACAAGCAUUCACACUUUUAUGGACCAUAAACUCCGCGCAGGAGACCAGAUCUCGCCAGUUCUUCGAUAAAAAAUAGAGGAAUCUGAGAUAAGUGUGAUUAUUUUCUCUGAAGAUUAUGCUUCUUCAACAUGGUGUAUGGAUGAGCUCGUUCACAUAUUAGAAUGUAAGGAUAACUAUGGAAGGAUUGUGAUACCUAUUUUCUAUAAGGUAGAUCCAUCAAAUAUACGCAAACGGAGUGGAAGUUUUGGAGCUGGUUUUGCUAAACUUGAGCAGAGAUUCAAAAACAACCAAGUCAAACUGCAAAACUGGAAGAACGCUUUGAUCUAAUCAACUAGUCUCGUUGGGUGGGAUUCAACAAAAACCAGCACUGAGCCAGAAUUCAUCGAAAAAAUUGUCAAAGAUAUAUUGAGCAAAUUGAAUAGCAUGUCGUUAUGUGACCUUGAAGGACUAGUAGGCAUUAAUCCUCAACUUGAGAAAAUUGAAGAACUAUUGAUUGAGACCCGCAUGGUGGGAAUUUGGGGCAUGGGUGGUAUAGGUAAGACCACCCUUGCUAAAGUUGCAUUUCACAAGUUGAAAGCGCUUUUUGAAGCUUUCUCCUUUGUUGAAAAUGUAAGGGAACAACUACAACGGAAUGGACUCGACAAGUUACAGGAAAAAUGCCUUAAAGACUUAUUAAAAGGCGAUGACAUUCACAUCUACAACAUGAAAUCCACUUUUGUGAAACAUAGUCUUGGACGUGAAAAGAUUCUUUUGAUCCUUGAUGAUGUUGAUAAUUUAAUAACAGCUGAAGAUUUAGCCAUAUUGUGUGAUUGGUUUGGAGAAGGAAGUAGAAUUAUUAUUACAUCAAGAGACAUGCAAGUGCUAAAAAAUGCUUUUGCAUCUUCAACAUAUCAUGUUCAAGAAUUAGAAUUCAAUGACGCCUUACAUUUGUUCAGUUUAAAAGCGUUUAAGCAAAACGAGCCAUUUGGAAGCUAUUUGGAGUUAUCAAAGUGGGUAGUGGAUUAUUGUCAUGGAAACCCCUUAGCUCUUGUAGUGUUGGGUGGAUUUCUGUAUGGUAGAACAAAACAAGAGUGGGAAAGUGCGCUGGAAAAAUUAAAACAAGCUCCACACAAAGACGUUUUUAAUGUGCUCAAAUUGAGUUUUGAUAGACUUGAUGUGAACCAGAAGAAUAUAUUUCUCGAUUUAGCAUAUUUAUUGAGGGAGGCAAGUAAGAUAUCUUUGAACUUCAUUGUAGAUUUCUACGACUCCUCUGCAUAUAUUGAUAUCAUUGUUCUCAAAGACCUAUCUCUCAUUUCCAUUGAUAAAUCUGAUGAGAUUAAGAUGCAUGAUCUUGUAAGAGAAACGAGCCUUGAAAUUUCUAGACAACAAUUGCUCAUUGAUCCUGAGAAACCCGUUCGACUAUGGAGGCACAGGGAUAUUUAUCAUUUCUUCAUCAAUAACAAGGGAUGUGGGACCAUUCGGUACAUAUCUUUGGACAUGAGCGGGACAAAAAGGUUUAUAUUGCCACCUGAUGCCUUCCAAAAGAUGUAUGAAUUGAAAUUUCUGAAAUUUUACAAAUCUGAUUUAAAAGAGCCUCCAAAAGUGUAUAUUUUUGAGGGUCUAGAUAAUCUUCCAGAAGAGUUAAGGUGUCUCUUUUGGGAAGAAUAUCCUCUGCCAUCUGUACUGUUGAGCUUUUGUGCAGACAAUCUUCUAGAACUAGAAAUGCCUCAAAAUCAUCUGCAACAAGUUUGGGAUGGAGAUCAGCAUUUCCCAAAUUUACAAUUAAUGAAUCUAAGAGGCUCGAAACAUCUCAUUGAUCUUCCAGAUCUCUCUCAUGCCCCCAAUAUCAGAAUGAUAUAUCUUGACGAAUGUGAAAAUUUGGCUCAGAUUCAUUCUUCAAGUAUCCUGAGCAAGCUUUCCCAGUUGUCCAUUCGAGACUGCAAAAAGCUUAGACUCAUAAACAUUGGUGGCAAUAUUAAGGAGACAAGCUCAGGUCUAGUGGCUACCUACAAUUUUCUGGAUCUAAUUAACUUGUCAUUCCAUAAAUUCACUGUGAAGCUCUUCAUCUCUAGCCACGCCAAUACUUUCUCUGGGUUUCGGAUUAAGCUUGUCUCUGUAUCAUUCAGGGAGAUAUCAUCGCGGCCAGAUCAGUGCAUGGACAAUGCAAAGUUGAACUUUUCGUCUUUACUUCCCUUCGUCACUCCAAUUCGUUGGUUAGAUCUUCCCAUUGAGUUUGGCAGUUUCAACAAACACUACGACUAUAUCUCUUCUCAUGAACAGCACACAGUUGAGCAGCCUAAGGAUAUAAACAUGAAUGAUCUGACCGUCGCACCAAGAGACAUAUUGGGGCUUGAAGAUCAGAAGAUAAUAACAGAGGAAGUUACAGAUUAUCAUAUUUCUGAUGAUGCAAAAUGGAGGUCGUUGGAGAUUGAAGAGGUGAUAUUAACAGAAGAGGAAUGUUGCAGCCGUCCAGGUGAUGGAUUUACAGGAGUUCCCAAUGGCAUGACAUGCUGGUCAUUAUUGACACAAGUGACAUUACAGAAAGACGAGAUUAUUAGGAGCAACAUUAUUGUUCCUGGCAUUUCGAUCUUGAGAUCACUUGCAGAAUUUGAUUGCAAGAGCAUUCAACCUCUCGUAGAUUUUAGAAUGUCACUGGAUAAUGGAUCAACACUUUGGGGUGGUCAUGAGAUUUCAGCAGCAGCAACCCAAAAAUCUAAUGAGCCUGCUGAUCUUAAUGUCGAUAUUUGGCAACCAUUGGCUGGAGGUUUCUACGCUGAUUUACCAAUUAACUUACAUCGUGACAUAAUUUGGUUCCUUUUCUGGUUCCAACCAAGAAAAGACAUUGAAAUGAAGUUAGAGUUAGGGCCACACCCUGACUAUUUUAGCCCAUAAGGGCUUGGGUCAUUAUGAAGCCCGAUCCAUAUAGAAGUUGGCCACAGAAGUUGCUAUUAUUAAAGUUGCCCUGUAAGGGCCACACCCUUAA